AAAUGUAAUUGCAUUCUAACCAAACACAGUGAAAAAUAACAACAACAAAAAAAACCUCACGUGGUCGGAUAAAUUAUGUACACCUCACUUGUUUUUACUAGGCCCUGUUUAGGUUUUAAAAACAUGUCUUAGACCACUUGUAAUGUUGUACAGGAUAGUCUACAUUCAUAAACAAAACACGAAAGUAGACAAAUAAUUAGAUCAGAAUUGAUCACUAAAUUUGACUCUGAGGUCGCAAUAAUAACCGUAAUAUAAACCAAAUCUGUGUUCAUUUCUAUUCAUCCGCUUUUUUCCUUUUCUUAGAAUUGUCAGAGAAUUAUGAGAAUGAUGGGGUUUUCCAUGUAUCUUUUUGUUCUUCUUGUCUUAGGUUUUGGUCUUGCACAAAAUCCGUCAGGAUUCACCAGUUUAACUUGUGGUGCUCCGAUGGGAACUAGCUUCCUAGAAAAAGCAACAAAUAUAACAUACAGCUCUGAUGCGCCUUACAUCGAUACCGGCAUUGGCAGGAGCAUCAAAUCAUCGUACCAGAGCAAAUCAGAGCAACAAACAUGGUACCUCCGGAGUUUUCCACAGAGCUCUAGAAGCUGCUAUACCUUCAACCUGACCACAGGCGAUAAGUAUCUGAUCAGGGCCAUUUUCUUCCAUGGUGGUUAUGACACAAGACCCUCUACUAAGUUCGAUCUCCACCUCGGGCCUAACAAAUGGGCGACAGUUUCAACCGCCGAGGAGACCAAAUCUGAAACCUUUGAAAUCAUACACAUAUUGGCCACUAGCAGGUUACAAGUCUGUCUCGUCAAAACAGAGGAUUCAACGCCAUUCAUCUCCGCUAUAGAGCUGCGUAAACUCACCAGCAAAGCGUACGCGAACGAGUCGGGUCCUUGCAGACUUUCUUGAGAGCAGACAUUGGCUCCUUCUCUAAACAAUCUUUAAGGUACGGAUCUGGUGUCUAUGGAGCAGAUGUCUUUGAUCGUAUUUGGCUGCCAUACAACUCCGAAAACUGGUCACAGAUUAGAACCGAUAAUAGUGUAGACAACGAUAAUGGAUUUAAGGUGCCAGAAAAUGUUAUGGCCACGGCCUCUGUUCCAACAGACCCCGACGCUCAUAUGAACAUUUCGCUAACCGGUUUGCACCAGACAUCACGGUUCUACGUCUGCCUACACUUCUCAGAGAUCCAAGAGCUCGGUCCCAAUGACACCAGAGAGUUUAAGGUGAUGUACAACGGAAGGCUCAUCAUAGAUCCCUUUAAGCCAAUAAGUUUCUAUACUAGUUCCUUUAUCGGAGAUGAACUCGGUCCGAACGCAAAUGGACAGUGCACAUUUUCGCUUCAAAAGACUGCGAGUUCCACACUGCCUCCUCUGCUCAACGCCAUGGAGGUUUACAUGGUGAACUCGUUAUCGCAGAAUGAAACCGAUACAAAAGAAGUUGAUACGAUGAUAAACAUCAAGUUGAGUUGCGGCAUCAGUAAGGUUGACUGGCAAGGAGAUCCAUGCGUACCGCGGGAUUACAUGUGGUCUGGUGUUAACUGCAGUUACAUUGACAGUGAGCAACCAAAGAUCAUUUCAUUGAACUUGACUACCCAUGGCUUAACCGGGGAGAUACAGGAAUCCAUAUCAAACCUAAGUACUUUACAAGUUCUUGAUUUUUCUAACAACAGCCUGAUUGGUCCGGUCCCGGAAUUCCUAGCUCAUAUGACAAGUUUAAAAGUCAUAAAUCUGUCAAGCAAUUUGCUAUAUGGUUCAAUUCCUACUAGUCUCCUAGAUAAAGUGCAAAGAGGAUUGGUUUCACUGAGCAUCGAAGGAAAUCCUGGAAUAUGUUCCUCUGCUUCAUGCGCAACCACAAACAAGAAGAAGACGAAGACGAAAACCAUGGUUAUUGCAUCAGUUGCUGCAUCAAUAUUUUUGAUCUUAGUCAUUUUUUUAGUUAUCCUCAAGAGGAGAGCCAAGCUUGGUCGUUAUCCCAAUUCAGAUGAUGAUGAUAAUAAUCUUCAGCAGUGCAACAAUCAAAGUAGCUUCUCAGAAAUGGCAAACAACAUGUUCACGUAUGAAGACUUGGCGCAAGCGACCGAUAACUUCUCCAAUGUCAACCUCAUUGGCCAAGGCGGGUUUGGUUAUGUUCAUAAAGGAGUUCUUCCCGAUGGAACGGAGGUUGCGAUUAAGCAGCUUAAAGCUGGAAGAAGACAAGGGGAACGGAAGUUUCGGGUAGAGAUAUAGAUUAUAAGUAGAGUCCAUCACAGGCAUCUUGUGUCCCUCCUUGGUUACUGCGUAACCGGAACUCAAAGAUUGCUUGUCUAUGAGUUUUUGCCCAAUAAAACACUGGAGUUUCAUUUGCAUGGUACGUGCGAUUAAUGGUUUCCGAGAA